AGGGGAGAUAGUAAGAAAAUUUCUAAUGACAUCUUUCAAAUCGCAUUGGUAAGAUCUACCUGCAUACUAAAUUUCAUGAAAAUCGUCCCAACUAUUAAAGAAGAAAAAAUUAGUAAAAUCGGUCAAAAAACCACAAAGUUAAAGAUAUGUUGGUUAAUUUCUUAGUUCGUAAAGUUUAGUGCUUUCGGAUUUGUAAAACGUUUUAAAAAUAUGUAUAAUCAAAAGCUACCACCCAUUUUUGGGGGGGGUAGGUCCAAGUUUCUGAAAGAUCCCAUGGUUAGAUUCUGUGAAAUCCGAUUUGCAGGAAAAAAAAAUAACAGAAACAAUAAGCUUUCAUACUUAAUAAUUUUAACAAAAACAAUAGUGUUUCACACAAGCUACGCAAUGUGAAACCCUAACUAGAACUGCGAUGCAGUAAUGACGGGUUUCAAUGGUGCCACAUUACCAUUGAACUUAUGUCACUUCAGGUGCCACAUUACCCGUGAACUCAUUUCAAUUCCGGUACCAAUGAAACUUUUAAGGGAAGACGCUAGAACUUAGCAAUUUGUGGAAAUGUUUACAAUCGUAUUGAUCCAAUCUAUAUGUCACUUGGAAUCAAAUAUCAUAAUUUUAAACGAAUAAUAAUUAUAACGCACUUAAAAAAAAUAUCGUUUUGAAGGCUAAAAAUACAGUUUUUGCCAAAAUGACAAUACUUUCGGUGAUAAUGAAAAUGUUAAAUUAGUUCUACGAAAUCAGAAAUGGCAUAAGGUAUCACAUGGUAAAAAUUGUAUAAAAAUCAAAUAAUAAUUGACACUUUUCUAGACCCAAAACCUUGAAAAGUGACUUGUAGUUUGUAGUAAGUCGUCUAUUUCUCUGGAACCGUACAAGUUAGAAACCAUUUUGCGAUAUCUAGGUGUUCGCAUGGGUUCAUUGAAUGAACUUCAUUCUCUUUGUUCAUUGUAAGCAAAUAUAUUAAUUUUAAAAAAAUUACAAAUAUGACUCAGAUGAAUAAAAUAUUUGUUUUAAAGGCUAAAAAUAGAGUUUAUGUCAAAAUGACGCCAUUUUUGAUGAUAUUGAAAAUGUGAAAUUGGUUCCGUCCAGUCAAAGGUGUCAUUAGGCAUCACUUGGUGAAAAAAACUCGAAAAAAUCUGACUAUAAUAAUUAACUCCUUUACAGGCAAAAUAACGUGGAAAGUGACUCGUGAAAAAUUGUCUAUUUCUUGGCAUCUGCUAAUAUUACAAAUUAGUUUUGACAUACAUAGUCUUCGUUUGGAUUUUUGCUACAGGUUAAUAUGAAAGUUGUCAAGAAAUAUUUUAAAAUAUAAAAAGCCUGAAUGCAAUGUAAAUAGCUCAUAUUUACACCUUUUCUUCACCUUUAAAUCAAAAUGGCGCAAAUACAAAACCGAAAUAAAAAAAACUAUGCUGAAACAAGAAAUAUAUCAAAAUAUGAUGACGCUGGAUGGGUUGUAAAUAGCUUAUUUUUACACCUUUUUUCACCUUUUAAUCGAAAAGGCCCAAAAACGAAAUCAAAAUUAAAAAAACUGAGUCCAAUAUUAUAUGCGCGUCUACAGGGCGCAUCUGUACCGAAGUGGUACCGAACUGUCAAAAUUGUAGGUUUUGUCGAAAUUUACGUCGGUUCCAACAGGAAACUUUACUGGCAACAAAAAAUUGACAUCUUGAACAACGGAGCAUAUGAACUCUGUUUUAUACAAAUCGAACAAUAAAUAAUUCAUCUUCGAAGAUUCAUCGAGAAUCAAAAAUCAAAAGUAGCACAGCUAUCUGCCAUGUCUCUGGAUAUGUCAAUAUGCAUCAUAUGUUAAAAUCCAAUGAUUACUGUUAAUACUACGGCAUCUUUUUAAAAAACGACAACUUUGGUGAUUUCGGACAUUUCGCAUUGUCACAGAACACCCGAAAUAGCUUUAAUCUCUAAGUCACACCCACUUUCCCAGUGAAACCGAAGAAAUCGUAUCGAUCCGACAUGUAGUUUCUGAGACAAUCAAAUUGGAAAAAAAAAAAAUAAUAAUAACUAGAUCUGCUACUGUCCCAUGCAGAUAUGAAAGCUUUUAUAUUUAUCAUCACAUGACAUGGAUUAUAUCAAGUAUCUUAAAAGAAAAAAAGAACAAGAAAAAAUAAUUAUCAAAAUCGGUGAAAAACUCGCGAAGUUACAAGUCUAAAUAUAGUGAGAAACAUUGCACCCAGGCAAAAAAAUAAUCUGAAAACUAAAGGGAAAUAACUGAGACUUGGAUUGCUGUAAUCGGAAUGACUUCCCGUUCCAGAAGUUUCAGAUAAAUGGAUCAAGCCAUUUAAAAAUGUGACGGAUGAGAAAAUGAAAUAAAAAUAGCGGGAAAGAACUAAAAAAAAAAGGCAGGAAAAUAUAGAAACUUAAACAGAAGUCAAUGCCUUGAUGGAGUUCGAAGAUGAGCAUUUUCCGCUUAGGGUAAGCAGAGAUAAGCAAUUUGAUUGGUUGAUGCUUUGGGACACGAUAACUCUCUUCCUAAUUGGGCUAGAAUGUUCAAACUUGGUGUAUGUGUUGAUUAGGCUAAUGCCUUGAUGGAGUUCGAAGAUGAGCAUUUUCCGCUUAGGUUGACCUAAAUCAAAUUUCUGCUCUAAACGUUUUUUUAGACAUUCCUUCAAGAAUUCAGAAAAAGUAACUCCCAUGUCUACAGUCAAAAUGGGUGAAACAGGUUAUCUAUACAAGAAAUUACAUGAAGAUUUUAUUGAUGGUCACAAUGGAACUACAAUGUCAGAAGUUUCUACAAUUGCUGCAGUAUCAGUAAUAGCUGUUUUACUCAGAGAUAGUGUGAUGAUCGCUCUAAGUUUACAAACCUUGCAAGUCCGGUCAAAGUUUUUUCUAGAUUUUGUGUGUAUAAUUCUACCGUUGAUUUUGGGUCCAACAAUGUUUAGUGAGCACCUUUUUAUAUUCGUCACAUCUUUGGUAUGUUUGAUUAUAUUAAGCAUAUUUAUGUCACUUGCUAAGAAGACAGAGGGUCGAAAUGAAAAAUAUACAAGAAGUGGUGUAUUUGAUAUUGAUAUGUCGGAGAAAAGACCAUUUAUUAACUACUUUCGUGCUAUUCUAAAUGUACAGACAGCAGUUGUAAUUUUAGCUGUGGACUUUACAAUAUUUCCACGUCGAUAUGUGAAAACUGAAACAUAUGGUACAGGUUCGAUGGAUGUAGGUGUUGGAUGUUUCAUUAUUGGAAAUGCAAUCGUAUCACCUGAAGCAAGAGGAAAAUAUAAAGAUAGAAGAUUUUUCUCUGAUAAAGUGCUGAUUAUAGAAAAUAUGAUAAAGAGCAGUAUACCAUUGAUUGUUUUGGGUUUAUUAAGAGUGUUGUUUGUUAAAAGUGCAGAUUACCAGGAACAUGUUUCAGAAUAUGGUGUUCAUUGGAAUUUCUUUCUUACUUUAGCUGCUGUAAAGAUCAUUUCCACAGUAAUAUUAUGUAUUUUGCCAGUUACUACAAGUAGUAUAUUAAGUGUUGUUAUAACAGUUUUAUAUCAGUAUGCAUUGUGUAGAUGUGGAUUAUCCCAGUAUAUAUUGAAUGGUAGUGAUGGUCAAGGAACCAGAUAUGGUAUAUUAGAUGCUAACAGAGAAGGUCUGUUUUCUUGUAUAGGCUAUACAGCUUUAUAUUUUGCAGGUGUUCAGCUUGGACAAUAUCUGUUUAUAAAAAGGACCAAGCUACAUGAAUGGUUGAAAUUCCUAUCUUCUCUAGUAGCUAUGUGUAUGUUAAGUUUGUGUUUAUUAUGGUUUCUCAGUAAUGCUGUGGAACCAGUAUCAAGAAGAUUGUGUAAUGCUGCUUAUAUUGUCUGGAUGAUUGUUGUAAAUUUACAGAUGAUUGGUGGAUUCCUGUUUGGUGAUAUACUUAUAAAAUUACUAAUUUACCUAACUCAAGGAGCUAAAAUAUUGGCCAAACCAGAUAUACCAGCCUGCAUUUUAUCAGCUGUAAAUUAUAAUGCACUAUUUUAUUUUUUAUUGGCCAAUAUAUUAACAGGGUUAGUAAACAUAUCUAUGCAAACAAUCUAUACAUCCACAUUUAUGUCUUUUCUUAUACUCCUUAUAUAUUUACUUUUAUUAUCAUUUGUUUCUAUGUUUUUAUAUCAUAAUAAAAUAUUAGUUAAAUCUUGGUAAAUAAA